AUGGAGUUUCCUACUUAUCAAUAUCAGCCAUCUCCCUGGCACUACCUCCUCACCUCUCCAGCCAUAUUUUCUUAUCCCAUCAUCCCUCAAAACUAUGUUCACUGGACACAGACACCGGAGUCUCACAUUUUCUCUGCUGACCUUCCUGGUGUGAGGAAAGAAGAGAUAAAAGUGGAAGUUGAAGACUCAAUAUACCUGAUAAUUCGAACAGAGGCCAUUGAUGAGUCAAGGUGCCCGUUCAUGAGAAAAUUUCGGCUUCCGGGUAUGGUUAAUAUUGAUGGAAUAACAGCUUCUUAUGAAGAUGGUGUUUUGAGAGUUAGUGUCCCAAGAAGGGGUUUCUUUAUUCAUCCAGCUGAUGUCCCUCAAAACACUUGAACUUCUUGCAAGAGCUGCUUAAUUACCUAUCAUUAUAAAGUUUUUUAGUUUA